AUGAAAGAAUAUAAAAAAAUUAUAUUAUAUAGUUUUUUAGUUUUUUUAAUUUUAUGUUUUGCAAAACCAUCUCUUUCAGAUGACCCUUUAACAACUUCAACAACAACAACAACAGCAACUGCACUACCAACGACAUCGGCAGCAUCAACAGCAAAGGUAACAACAACAACCACAACUACAGGAUCACCAGCAUCAACCACAACUACAGGAGCACCAACAUCAACUACAGGAGCAUCAACAUCAACUACAGGAGCACCAUCAUCAUCAUCUUCAUCGAAUGAAACAACUCCAACUGCAACACCAACUAAAAAACCUGUAACACCAACACCAUCAUCAACAUCAUCAUCAUCAUCAUCAUCUGAAGUAACAUCAUCCUCAUCCGAAUCAUCAGCUGGUGAACAUCCAUGUGCAACUGAUGUUUUUGAUAGUAUGAGUAAUUCUGGUAAUUUCCAAGAAUCAGUUUCAUCAUCAUCAAAUGAUCCAUAUGAUUGUUAUCUUCAAAGUUCAAAUGUAAAAUUCACAAAAUCUGGUACUGGUACAACAAAUGUUGCAAGAUUAAUAUUAGAUAGUGCAGGUUGUCCAACAUCUUGUUUGACACAUUCUUACUCUUGUGCUGAAAUUCAAGCACAAUCAUCUUUAAAUUAUGGUACCUACACAUUUAUAGCAAAGGUUUCACCAAUUAAAAAUGUUAUUACAAAAUUAUAUGCAAGUACAGGUGGCAAUAGUCAAUAUUCUGAUAUUUAUUUCCAAAUUUUUGGUAAUACAACAAGAGUAAAUUAUGGUUAUACAUAUUUUGGUCAAAAGGUUAAUUAUUAUAAAGAUUUAACAGGUGUUGUAAUUAGUAGUACCAAUACCUACUCUUUUGAUUUUAGUAAAACUCAACUUAGUUUCUAUUUCAAUGGUAUUUUAUUGGGUAAAUUUGAUAGUUCAGCUUAUAAUGGUGUAGUUUUCCCAGUUCCACCACUUACUUAUUAUACAUCAAUUACAUCAAAUCCACAAACAAAGAUCUCUCCAUCAAGUUUACCAACUUAUUCUGAUAUAAUUUCAUUUAAUUAUACUGCUGGUGUUUGUACCGAUUCGUCUGAUGGUGGUAAUAAUUGGCAUGACGAGAAUUCAUUAUUAUAUUUCUUUACAUCCAAUUGCACAAACUAUAGACCAAUACCAAUCUUUAAUGAUAGUUUUAACGAUGGUUGGAACGCUGGUGGUAAUACACUCAUUAAAUUUAUCAAUAGUUCAAGUACUCAAAGUCAAUAUGCUAGAAUUGGUACUGCAUUUAGUUUCUCUUUGAAUUCCGGUGCUGAAUACCUAUUGAUUCAAUAUAACCAAACCGCUAUACCAAUUAAACAAAAUAAAUAUAUUAUGUUUUGGAUCAAUGGUGGUCAAUUGGGUAACCAAAAUCUUGUGGUUUAUUUAACACUUGCCGGUAAAAAGAUUGGUUCAGUAAAUAUUGGAGAAUAUAUUCAUGGUAGUUUAUUACCACAAACUUGGUAUAAAGUGAUUAUACCAUUUUCAAAGAUCACUAUCACUCCAUCAACCACUAAAACAUUCAAUGGGAUUUUAAUCACUGGUGCCUCUAAUGAAUUUUAUGAUCUAAUCUAUAUGGAUGAUCUUUACUUUUCAAAUGGUACGGUUUGUAUGGAAGAGUCAUCGGAAUAUCCAUACUAUCAACUUGGUCAAUUAUUAAAUGGUGCUUCCGAUCAGUAUAACACUGGUAAUGUAAAUUUCAAAUCCGUUAGUAAACUUUUUAGAGGUUUUCCAACUAUCGAGUAUCAAUUAUACAAUAAUUACAAAGCAAUCAUCUCAAUGAUGAAUGGUACAAUCGAUACAUCUCAAUAUGAUCUUUUGAGAUUGAAUUUCUUCUUCCUUCAUGAUCAAUCUUAUAAUAAUCCAAAUCCAAGUAUUGACUCUAGUGAAGUUGCAAACUCUUUCUUUUUAGAUCUUCAAAUUUGUAUUACCGUUCAAGUGGUUGGUAAUUUACCUUGUGUUGGUUUAUCACCAUACUUGGGUGGUCAAGUUCCAAAUGCAGUAUGGGUUGAACUUUUAAUUCCUUUCUCUGAUCUUCAAGUUUAUCCAAAUGCUCUUAUCAGUAGUAUCACUUUCCAAACUCAAGUACAAGAUCACCAAGGUGUUUUCUUUAUUGGUGAUAUUUCUGCUGGUAAUUUUGUACCACCAUAUAAAGUACUAGAGGAUGGUUCAAACGCUUUCAAAUUAUUAUCAAAUAUUUAUUUAUUAUUAUUAAUUUUUAUAAUUUCUUUAUUAUUUAUCUAA